CACUUUGCGCGAAAGACUACCGUGUCUUUUGAUUUUCGUAAUCGUGAAACAUGCGAGCGCUGUUGUGUCGAUACGGCGAUCAAUUCGUGCGAUUUUCCGCGUCUGUCAGCUGGCGAUAAUGUCAGGAAUAAUGUUGAAAUUGAGUAGUAGAUUCUCAUAAUUCCGAAUAACACUCGCGUAAAAAUUCUAGUGACGAUACUGAUCCCAGUUAAAUCACCUCAGGAUGCGCGAAUAAAUCGCGGGAUUCGCACCGAGACAUCGGCGAUAGUAACUGACAUUUUUUUCCGUAUCUAUUAUACGUAACAGAAAUAGAAAAUAGAUCGAUUUAGUCUGUCCUCGAGUUUUUUUGAGAAGAGAGAGGAAGAAUGUCCGGCGCGAUAAAGGAUUUCUCCUGCAUUGGAGGCCUGGAGAAGCAUAUUAGAAUCGUGAAGGAGAUGGUCCUGUUCCCGCUGAUGUACGGGGACGUGUACGCUAAAUUUAAUCUCCGACCGCCGCGCGGUUUACUGUUCUACGGUCCUCCAGGUAAAUGCCAAAUGUUUCUUAACGCUUCGCAUAAACCUCUGGAUUUCCUUCCCACUUUCAUUCUUCAUUCAGGUACGGGAAAGACUCUCGUAGCCAGCGCAUUAGCGACCGAGUGUAGCAAUUCCGAGCGCAAGGUCUCCUUCAUCUCGCGCAAGGGUUCCGACUGUCUGAGCAAGUGGGUUGGAGAGAGCGAAAAGAAACUCGAGAAGAUUUUCGCCCUGGCGCAACAAACGAAACCGUGCAUCAUUUUUUUCGACGAAGUUGACGGUCUCGCACCCGUGAGAUCCAGUCGGCAGGAUUUCGUUCACGCCAGCGUGGUCUCCACUCUCUUGGCUCUGAUGGACGGUCUGGACAACAAUUCCGAGAUCAUAGUAAUAGGCGCGACUAACAGGAUCGAUGCGAUAGAUCCUGCUCUGAGAAGACCCGGCAGAUUCGACAAAGAACUGUACUUCCCUUUGCCUUGCUACAGCGCCAGAAAAGAAAUACUUUCGGUGCACAUUAAGAGUUGGAAACAGAAACCAGCGCAGAAAUUCUUGGCGUAUCUGGCAUCGAAAACGUUAGGAUUCUGCGGCAGCGAUCUACAGGCUCUUUGCACCGAGGCAGUUAUGUGCUCCGUCCGCAGAAAUUAUCCGCAGAUUUAUAACUCCAAAUCUAAAUAUCACAUCAACGAACGCCACCUCAAAGUGGAAAAGGAAGAUUUCCUGAAGGCAUGCCAAAACAUCGUACCUGCGUCGCAUCGCGUCAUCGUCGCCCCGAUCAAGAGUCUAUCCCCCAAAAUCCAACCGUUGUUACAAGAGGAUCUAGCGGGAAUCCUGUCACGUUUGCAGACACUCUGUCCGGUCGGCAUGCUGACUUCCGACAACAUUACAGGCAAGGCCACGUCCAAGUCUAGCGGCUGUCCGCGAAUUUUGCUGUGCGGCGACGACGAAUCUCACACUCGUCAUCUGGGACCAGCGUUGCUGCACACUCUGGAACACUUGCCGUGCCACAUCUUGGACGUCACGACGCUGUUCGAGGAAACGGGCAAGGCGGCCGAGGAAGCUAUGAUACAAAAGAUCAAAACCGCGCGGCGCACCUUACCAGCAUUGCUGUACAUGCCUGGAGUCUUGACCUGGUGGGACCUGGUGGAUGAGACAGCGAGAGUGAUUUUUACCUCCUUAAUGCGUGGUCUCGAUCGAUCGGUGCACAUGCUCGUGCUGAUGACCGCCCACUGUCGACACGUUGAUCUACCGCCAGAGAUUGCAGAAUUGUACGACGAUAAUCGCGGCGAAGUGUACGAAGUGAGGUCGCCUUCGCCACAGAAGCGACGAUCCUUCUUCAAGCAGCUGUUCAAUGGAAAAUCCGACAGUCUUUCUGAUCGCUCCUCGCAAGCGGAUCUCGCACAAAUCUCGUGUCCAAAGAAACUUAAGGGCGAGAAUAGAAAGCUGAGAAACCACGUACACUCCACCGAUUCCAGCGGAUUACUAGGAACGAACGUCAAGAGAGAGUAUAGCGCGUCCGGCGAGGGUUCGCCAUCCAAACGGCAAAGAUUAACAUCCGACGCUUCGUCGGCUCCGUCCACCGAGAAACUUUUCAGCUCGCAAAUCGAGGAUCUGGUCGAAACGAUCGUUAAAUCGACCGACGAGUGGCCGAGUCAUCUGCUGGAGAGUCUGUUAGCUUCCCUCGAAAUCGCAAUGGAGAACAACGGAGAUCUGUGCGCAACGGUGAACGAGUAUGUCGCGCGUUACGAGGAACUGAAACGGGUUAAAAUGCGGGCGAAAUACGAAGACAAUUGAUCGCUAAUUUGGUGAAACGUCCCUUGUGAAUUGUCCUCUGUGUGACGUCCGAAUCUGCGAAAUGUGAUAACAAGAACAUAAUAAUUGAUAUGAUGAAAAAUUCAUGGAAUAUAAUAUUGUGAUGUAAUAAAUGACGCGGUAAACUUUCUGUUUUAAAGGG